AUGGAAGGUCAGCUGGGAAAGACUGUACCUGCAAAAACGAUACCAUCCCAGGCUUCAUCUCUUCCAGAUAGGUCUCCUCCUCCUACUCCUCGCCACCCUCCUCGGUCAUCUCCACAACCAGCGCUUCCCAAUGCUGCUGAGCAGAAAAGGCGCAGAGAACAGAAGGGUAAGGAGGUGGUGGAUACGAGCAAGUCUCGUCCCAUUCGAGAGGAGGAUGUCCAACGAGCUGCCAAGCAGCAGAAAACUAAGCACCAAGCCACGCGGGGCCAAGAGAAAUCUGAUUCCCCACAUCCUGGGCCACAAGCGUGGUUGCCAGCACCUAUGCACGGUGGGGAGCCCCUACGAGAUGAUGCCUCUAUAAGGGAUUUUAACGGCGGCAUAGGGUGUCACGUAGCCUCGGCCAUAGAGGAAGCCUUAUUGCUCCCGAAAGAUAUGGCCGAAAUAAAGAAUAAGAGGAAGAAUGAACUCGUCCUUGACAACAAACGAUAUUUAGGCAUGGACUUAGCCGAUGCAAGGAAGAAACUACAGGCCGAAGAGCAAGCUCGCAAGAGCACCGAGUCGGCAUUAGAAGGCUACCAGAAGCAGGCCGAGGAUCAAGCAAGGCUUCUGCGCGAGGCGCAUGCCGAGCUAAAGAAGACUCAGGAGCAAGGUCUUACUCUUAAGAAGCACCUGGAGGAAACCCAGAAGCUAAGGGAGCGAGUUGAAAAGUUCAAAGAGCAAGCCGAGAAAGCGAAAAUCAACGCCGAACAGGCAAUGAAUGAAGCUGAGCAGAGAGGCUACGAAGUUGGUAUAGCUGAAACUGAGAAGGCUUUGAGGGCCGAGGUUCCGGAGGUAUGCCGUAUCUACUGCGCAAGAACUUGGAGCGAGGCUCUUAACCGUGCUGGGGUUGAAGUCUCAUCUGAGUUACGUAGGCCAGAGAACAUAUUCUAUCCCGAGGCGAUACGCCUCUCAGUUCUUCAAUCCCAGCAAGCUGAUACUCCUUCUCCAGUUAUUAACCUAAACGAGGAGGUUUUGCUUCGCGAUUCUCCUCCUCGCGGCCAACCGGAACCAGCUAAAGAGGGACUUACCCCUCCAGGAGCUUCCGCAGACAAGAUCACCAACGCUUCGGAGGCAGGGACGGCCUCCCAGGGUUUUCAACGGGAAUUGGACUCCACAGUUCUAUCAACUGGGGGUGUUACCAAAGCCAAGGAUGGAAUCACAACUUCGGAGGCAAACCUACCCGCCAACCAGAACCCAUAG